GAAGUUGAGAGUCCUGUCAGUAACCAGUCCGGUACGGUUUAAUUGUCCCUGUUGUGUUGCCUUGUUUCUGCCAGCAGUCGCUGGUAGUUAAAGCGGGAUGGAUAGCGACUUGUCUUUCUCCUCUCGCCGGUCACCUGUUGUGUGUUUACACGGCUGUGUGGCAUCCAGCCAGCCGCUAGCUACCAGUAUAGGACUCGAUAUCUUGAAGCGUGGUGGUAAUGCAGCAGAUGCUGCGAUUGCUAUAGCAGCAGCACUGGUGGUAACAGAGCCGUGCAGCACCGGUCCUGGUGGAGACGCCUUCUGCUUGUUCUACAACGGAAACACCGGAGAGAUCAGAGGAAUUAACGGCAGUGGUCGUUCGCCCAGAGCUCAGACCCUGGACUUCCUGGAAGGACGUGGUUACACUGCGGAGGCACCUCCCUCACCUGCUGAUGCCUUGAAUGUCACAGUACCAGGGGCCCCUGCAUGUUGGUGCGAUACCGUGCAGCUGUUUGGCAGUCACAAGCUGUCCUUGCAGGAGGUGCUGAGCGGGGCGGUGGAGCUUGCAGAGGUGGGGUAUCCUGUUGCAGAGGUAACGGCUCACCACUGGGCAAAAUGGGUGGCUGCUCUGAGAGAUGAUGGGAAGGAACUAGGUGGAGACCUGCUGAUCGAUGGUCAGGCCCCCAAAUGUGGACAAGUAUUCAGAAACCCAACCCUGGCCCAGACCCUGAAGGAGCUCGGUGAGCGUGGCAAACCAGCUUUCUACCAGGGCAGAGUUGCCCAAGCCAUCGUCAAAAUCAUCAACCAAAAUGGAGGAGUCAUGACCCUGGAUGAUCUCAGUAGCCAUGACAGUGAGGUCAUCACCCCCAUAAGCACAGAGUACAAGGGUGUGCGUCUGUGGGAGCCGCCUCCUAACAGUCAGGGGUUGACUGCCCUACUGCUGCUCAACAUCCUGGAGAACUUCCCUCUCAAAGGCCAUAACAGCUCUGACUACAUCCAUGUACUGGCGGAGGCUGUGCGCUUGGCGCUGACAGACGCUCUGCGUUACCUGGGUGACCCAGAUCAUGCGAGCGUCCCUCUCGAAACCUUACUGGACAAGAGCUACAGCCACCAGCGGGCGCAGCGCAUCCGCAUGGACAGGGCCAUGGAAGAAGUGGAGCCUGGCCUGACAGCAGGAAGUGACACAGUCUAUUUCUGUGUGAUUGACAGUCAGGGCAACGCCUGCUCAUUUGUCAACAGCACCUAUAUGGGCUUUGGAAGUGGGCUGGUCCCUAAGGAUUGUGGAUUCUCACUACAGAAUCGCGGUGCAAACUUUUGUCUGCAUCGUAACCACGUUAAUGGUGUCGCUGGGGGGAAGCGGCCAUUUCACACCAUAAUACCUGCACUUCUCACUGACUCUGCAACCACGUCACAAAAACCACGACUCCUUGCUGCACUGGGAGUGAUGGGGGCAUUGAUGCAACCACAGGGACACGUGCAGGUGUUGUUGAAUAUGUUGGAGUUUGGGAUGAAUCCUCAACAAGCUCUGGACGCACCAAGAGUCUAUGUACAGUAUCACCACAAAACUGAUCAGUGGUCGGUUCAUUUGGAGGAAGGGGUCGGCCAGGAGGUAGCUGAGGAGCUGAGAAGACGGGGCCACAAAGUCAGCUGGCCAAUCACAGGCCACAUGAGGUCACAGUUUGGGCGGGGACAGAUCAUUACAGUGGGGGAUUGGUGGAACCCAUCUGUCAAUCAAGCUGAUCAUCCAUCCAGGGUGCUGUGGGCGGGAUCAGACCCCAGAGCAGAUGGAUGUGCUCAGGGAUACUAGACAUAAGUGACCUUCUCUCUUCUUCCCUAUAGAUGUCGUAUUCAAAUACAUUGAUCACAAAGUAUUCUGAAGUAAAUUCUUACACAUGAACUGUAGAACAGAGUUACUUUGAAUAUUUGCCGGUGACAUAAUUCACAGUUAUCGCCAACGUUUUUUCUUUGGCUUCUUUUAUGAAACCAUUUUUAUUUCCAUGUAAUAACUUGAGGACAACUCAGGUAAUCAACACAAUCGUAGCACAACACAUUAAACCUUUAUAAAGUGUCUCUUUCAUCACAUGUCUCCCCACAACCUCUUAUAUUCGGGCCACAUUUAUAAGCUAGGACGCUGUUUUGUUCGCUCUUAAAUGUAGAACAACCAAUCGUAAAAUACGUCUUUGUGUGACAUCACAUACAAAAGAUGCUCUUCCUCAACCCUGUCUUUUGGUUGAGAUAAUUAUCUGUUUCAAUGUCUUUACUUGGAUGCUGUUGGUGUAGAAACAAUAUAAUUACAUAUAUAACCCUCACAAAUUGAGUUUAGAUAAUGUAAUUAUGUGAUGUGAAUCAAGUCAAUCAGUGUAUCUCCGUUCAGAUUUGUUUUGCAUCAUUUUCCUACACCUUAAUAAAGUGAAGUAAAUGUACUGAUUUAACAGUCUGUAUUGAAAUGAUCUGUGAAAUAUGAUGGAUAUUUUUACGAUUUUAUGCAUUUUUACAAAUGACAAAUAAAUCAAUAUUUUCUGUACCUGAUGAAGAGCUGAUUUUGGUCCAAUAUGUCUUAUAAGAAAAGUACAAUGUUUUACCAGCAGUAGUUAAUACAGUUGGGAGUCAUUAGGGAAUUAUAAUUCAGUUACAGUUUUUUUUAAUUCAGCACCUAGAUAAGAUAGAUGUGUGUGUGUAUCUAACAGGUCCUAAUGGAGAUAUUGAUCAGUUGGUAUGUCCAACACUUUGGUCUAGAGAGCAAGAUCUCUCAGAAAAAACCUGUAUGU